CAAAUGUGACUUUUUAUAUUGUGGAUAAUUUAUAUGACUCACUCACGUGGAUACUCGCAAUAUUUUUCCAUUGGUUUCAGAAACAGUCAUUCUUUCCGAAUGGAAUCUCAAUAUCCACACAAAGAACACAUAUAGCAUCGAAUUCUAUAUUGAUCGCAUUCGAGGGAAUAUAUAUAAGUGGCUGGCUAUCCUCAGGAUCUUUAGAUCUACGGCUCAAUCGGAGAUAAAGGAAGUCGAUCUACGAGACAAGAAGGAUGUUUCUCAUUAAAGAGAAUAGAUAGAUUCACCUAUAUCAUUAAUGGCGAAAGCAUAACAGACGCAUUAAUACACCUGGAUUAAAACAACAUCUUCAAGCAUGGAUAUGUACGUGACUUGGAUUAAAUAUACAUUUUGUAUAUUGAUGAUAUAUUUGUCAAUUGCAGAAAGUUUUUUAAUAGAGAAUAUAUGGCCACCGGGACAUCUUGGCAAGUAUGGCUAUCACAAAGCCCCGCCGCAUACAAUCGCAAAGGAGGAUGGACGACCAAGAUUACAGAUUAAUUCUAAUAUGAUAAAAAAGGCGAAGGAAGAUGUAAACAAGAUAUUACCAGGAAAGUCAUCACAAGAUGAAGCUCAUCCAACUCAAUCAGCACACGAAUCAACGACCACUAAAAUAAAACAGCAGAUCAAGGGCACGGUUGUGAAAUCACCAAAUGACGUCAUUACAAAAUCCCCCUUUAAGAAGCUUGUCAAUAUUGACAUUAACAAUGAUACGGCUGAUAGCCCAAAUAGCCAACAUGUCAAGCUUCAAUAUCUGUACUAUGACUUGGAUAGAGUGAAUAUCUCAAACGAUAAAAAUUUACCGGAUGACGGUGUUAAUUCAGUGGCCACUUUAAGCAAAUGUGACCUCCACGUGUUCAAGCAUUGUGGUACUGAUGUUAUGGCAACCCUCACAUCGGGCAACAUCUGUAUCUCUCUAAAGGCUUUCACCACGUGUGUUAAUAUGCAGGGAACGAGCUGUCAUAGAAAUUCUGUGUUGAGAGCAAGACAAAUGAUGCCCAAAAUAGACACAUUUUUCUCAGAGGAAGGAACAUGUGAGGGACACCCAUCGGAUGAAUAUACUGCGAAAAGAAUGUCUAAAUGUGGAUCGGGCGUUCAUCUAUGCGUGAAAAGAUUCAUAAAGCACGUAAAGGGUUCUGGGAGCUACUGCCUUCCCAUAUUACAUCUGAGAAAAUGUACAAGGCGACAUCUAUCACACUGUGAGGAAUCAGAUAAACAACUGAUCAAACUGGGAGUUGAAACAUUUUACAAAACAUACAAGCAUUUCACUCCGGGUCAAACAUGUUAAACCAUUGUUUAAGGGUACAUGUAGCUGAACAUAACAAUGGAUUAUCCCGUAAUUUGUUAUAUUUUGUAACGACUAACGACAAGGGUGUAAAGCAGACCCCGAUGAUACCAUCUUGCUCGGUGGUUUCAUGGCUAUGUCGCGGGGCUUUAUGUAUUAGCGAGCUCGGCGGUUGGUUCAGCUAAGCGGGGAUCCUCAAAAGCUCACGGUAUCAUCGUGUCUGCUUUACCCCUGGUAUAUUCGCUCGCUGAUAUUCAUUGUCACCAUGAAUUCAAUUUUCAAACAGUGACAAAUACGACAUACAAUGUACAGUGGAAAACUUACUACUAAUACUGGCAUUUAACACAAGGAGGAUUGGCUCCCGGAGUGCAACAUCGAUAAUCGGUAUAUAUUGGCAUGUCGUGAUACAAAAUUCGA